AUGGAAUCCCUAGCCGCCGCCACGUUCUCGCCCUCGCGCCUCGCCGCCCACCCCGCCCCGCCCGCGGCUGCGGCGGCGGGCAGAUCGAGGGCGGUGGCGGCCGGAGGGAGGAGGAGCAGCAGGAGGGGGAGCAGCGGCCUGAGGUGCUCGUCGGCGAGCGCGACGCCGGUGAUCAAUGGGAGCGCCGCCGCGAAGGCGGAGGAGGAGGACCGGAGGCGCUUCUUCGAGGCGGCGGCGCGGGGGACCGGCAAGGGCAACCUGGUGCCCGUGUGGGAGUGCAUCGUGUCAGACCACCUCACCCCCGUGCUCGCCUACCGCUGCCUCGUUCCCGAGGACGACAUGGACACCCCCAGCUUCCUCUUCGAGUCCGUCGAGCAGGGGCUCGAGGGGACCACCAACGUUGGUCGUUACAGCAUGGUGGGAGCCCACCCGGUGAUGGAGGUCGUGGCCAAGGAGAACAAGGUCACCAUCAUGGACCACGAGAAGGCCGAGGUGACGGAGAAGAUCAUGGAUGAUCCUAUGCAGGUUCCCAGGAGCAUAAUGGAGGGAUGGCACCCGCAGGAGAUCGACCAGCUCCCUGAGGCCUUCAGCGGUGGAUGGGUUGGGUUCUUUUCCUAUGAUACAGUCCGCUAUGUCGAAAAGAAGAAGAUACCUUUCUCUGGUGCUCCCCACGAUGAUAGGAACCUUCCUGAUGUUCACUUGGGGCUUUACGAUGAUGUUCUUGUCUUCGACAAUGUUGAGAAGAAAGUAUAUGUCAUCCAUUGGGUAAGUGUGGACCGGCAUGCAUCCACCGAGGAAGCAUACAAAGAUGGCAGGUCCCGGUUGAAGCGGUUGCUUUCUAAAGUUCACAAUGCAAAUGUCCCCAAGCUCUCUCCAGGAUUUGUGAAGCUACAUACUCGGCAGUUUGGUACUCCCUUGAACAAAUCGACCAUGACAAGUGAUGAGUACAAGAGUGCUGUUAUGCAGGCUAAGGAGCAUAUUCUGGCCGGUAAUAUUUUCCAGAUUGUUUUAAGCCAGCGUUUUGAGAGGCGAACUUAUGCCACUCCAUUUGAGGUUUACCGAGCUUUACGAAUUGUCAACCCAAGCCCAUACAUGGCAUAUGUGCAGGCAAGAGGUUGUAUCCUGGUAGCAUCUAGUCCUGAAAUUCUUACAAAAGUCGAGAAGGGAAAGGUUAUUAACCGGCCACUUGCUGGGACUACCCGAAGGGGCAAGACAGAGCAUGAAGAUAAAUUGCAAGAGGAACAGCUAUUAAGUGAUCAAAAGCAAUGUGCUGAACACAUUAUGCUUGUAGACUUGGGAAGGAAUGAUGUAGGCAAGGUAUCCAAAUCUGGGUCUGUAAAGGUGGAGAAGUUGAUGAACAUCGAGCGGUACUCCCAUGUCAUGCACAUCAGCUCCACGGUCAGUGGAGAGUUAGAUGAUCGUCUCGAAAGCUGGGAUGCACUGCGAGCAGCAUUGCCUGUUGGAACAGUCAGUGGGGCACCAAAGGUAAAAGCCAUGGAACUAAUAGAUCAGUUGGAAGUCACAAGACGAGGACCAUACAGUGGUGGCUUAGGAGGGAUAUCAUUUGAUGGUGACAUGCUUAUCGCUCUUGCUCUCCGCACCAUUGUGUUCUCAACAGCUCCAAGCCACAAUACGAUGUACUCAUACAAAAGCUCAGAUAGGCGCCGAGAGUGGGUUGCUCAUCUUCAGGCUGGUGCGGGCAUUGUUGCUGAUAGUAUCCCAGACGAUGAGCAAAAAGAAUGUGAGAAUAAGGCGGCUGCCCUAGCUCGGGCAAUUGAUCUUGCAGAGUCGGCUUUUGUAGACAAAGAAUAG